AGAACUAAAAUGAGUGAAGAUGAAGAAGAAACAAAAAGAGGCGAGGAAGACGAAGAAAGGGACACAGAAAUUACCUUGGAAGAUAAAGAGAUGAGGAACAAGACGACAGAAGAAGAUGAAGAAGGGCAGAAGAAAAAAGUCCCUACUGACGAAGGCAGUGAAGGAGGGACAGGCGGUGCAAUAAAGGCUUACCUGGUGGUGGGGACGCAGGAGGGGUGGAGGGAAGGCAGAGUGGAGGAGAUACAGCUUCGAGACUCAGCAGCACUAUUCAACUAUGACUAUCAAGUGCAGAGUGACGAAGGUGUGCCCAGGUGUACUUCAGAUACGCCACAUGACAGUCUCCUCAUCUUCCUGCCCAGGGCUGAGGGCGUGGUGCAGGGAGCGGCAGGGGCAGUGGCGGCAGGAUUGGUGGAGUCAGGGGCAGCCAUCCUCGUCCCCCACCACCACCACGACGGCCACCAUCACCUCCCCCUCCACGCACCUGCAGCACUGGCGGGGUGGAAGAGGCAGGUGCAUGAGGCGGUGAAGAGAGCUGGCGUCACGUCCUUGGCAGCCUUAGCACAGCGCCUUCAGGAGAGUGACGGCCUUAGGAGAAGCUGCCGGGCGAAGAUGGACAAAUCUGGGAGAGUAUUCCACGUACUAAACAACACUGACGAGGUAGACGAAGGAGGAUUAAGCUUAUCAAGGAGGGAGAGGUACAGAGUGGAGAUAGAUGGACGAGCGCCUCCUAUCCUGCUUGCCACGCCAUCUAGUGAACACGCCAGGAGUCUUUUGCUCUCUCUCUCCGACUACCUGACAGGGACGCUUCACCCAGAACACGGCUGCCGGACCUGCGUGGAAGCGAGUGGCACGGAACAUUUAGGAGAGAAAGAGGCGAGGCAAGAGGGGAAGGAGGAAGGGGAGAUGGUAAUGAUAGAAGAGAAAGAAGAAGUAGAUGAUGAAGAGGGGAAGGAAGAAAUGAUAAUGGUGGGAGUGUUUAUAGAAAGACCACAACCUUUUCUGUCUAUCAUCCUCAACUCUAUAAUCAACUCAGCGCUGCCGUUACAAUCUACUCAAUACUACAUCUACAACCAGGUCCAGGAAUACGAGGAUCAGGUGUCGCAGUUUGCUGGUGACCUUCGUGUGGCAGGGACGCGUCACGUGACCCUGGGAGACACUGUGCCAGAUGACCUCACCAUGACCCAGCGAAAGAAUGACCUUCUAGAGACGUGCAGGGAAGUUCAAAGCUGUUCCUGGGUGUUCCAUUGGUCAGCCGCAGCCUUCGUCAACCCAGGCAUUGCUCCGAGGCUCAUCCACCUAGCCAAGCAUCUGUCCCGCCACCACCACCACCACCACCACCACCGCCACCAACGUCACCCAGUCCUCGCUCCAGCCAUCAGGGUUCAGCAAGGCAAUGGGACGAAUUUCUGGAGAGGCAUCAACAGGAACUCAUCCUUACCUGAAGCUUCCUGGGACCACAUCACUGUUAUGAACGGAAACAGCAGCAUGAGGAACCAUUGGCGCGUAUCCUGCCUCAGAGAACUGUACAUCAUACCUCGAGACGCAAUUAUGGUACUCAACUCACCGUACACCCCCCUUUACUCUAACGCCACCCUCGCCUUCUGCGCUGCCCUGAGAGACGCUGGAGUGCCUAUGGUCGCCACUACAGCGGUGCAGAAUCUGGGAGUGCUUGUGAACACGACUGGGUACGACUUGAGUGUCCCAGAUGUCACGACUUACCUGAAGAACCCCGACUUCUGGAGAGUGUCGUACUUAACUCCGCAGUGGCAAGAGAUUAAGAGUGGAAAUCUGUCAGCUGUGUCACGGCCGUGUUAUGAGGUUUAUCAGUUCCCAACCUUUAAUGAGCGGUUCUGUAUGGACAUCCUUCGCCUCGCCUACUCCCGCAACAAUUGGUCACCUGCACUCAAACAGGACCCGAGGAAGAAGGGGCCAGGGAGUGAGUCAGUCCCUUCAGUGGACCAGUGGACGUCUGACCUGGGCCUGGGGGAGAUGAUGGACGCUCUGUACGAGGACGUGUUGAAGAAGCAGCUCAAGAUCUCCUUCCCACACUCCAACCCGGAUGUGGUGGUGGCCUCACAGAUAGCAAGGUUCCGCCCAGGGGAGAUGCCCGGCCUGCCCUCACACCACGACGCUUCCUCAGUCACCUUUCACGUUUAUCUCUCGCCCUCAUAUCAGUACCAGGGAGGCGAGCUGGAGUUCCCACGGCAGGGGUGCAGGGUGAAGGCAGACGCUGGGGACGUGCUGGUGUUCCCGGGGCGCCUCACUCACCCUAAGGCGCUGCGUGACGUGACUGACGGGGAGCUGCACAAGCUGAUCAUCCACCUUGACAUGUACCGCGUCAAGCUGAAGUAUUUCUGAGAGCUGAGGUUACAAGCUUCAACAUUUCCCAGAGUUGACCAAACAAGCUUCAACAUUUCUCAGAGCUGAUCAAACAAGCUUCAACAUUUUUGAGAGCUGAGGUAACAAGCUUCAAAAUUUCAGAAAACUAAGGAAACAAGAUCCCUUUGUUUACUUAAGCUUCAACAUUUCUGAAAGCUGAAUGUAUUGUUGUUGUUGUUGUUGUUGUUGGUUUUAAUGUGUUCUUGAAUGUUUUUAAUGUGUUAUUCAAUGUUUUUUUUCUGUUUUGAAUGUGUUAUUCAAUACUUUCUUGUUUUUUAUUUGUUAUUCAAUGUUAUUUUUUAUUUAUUUUCUUAAUGCGUUCUUGAAUUCUUUUAUUUAAUGUGUUCCUCAUUGUUGCUGUCUUUUUUUUUCAUAAUUCACACAUCCAUCCGUAAGCUUCUGGGACAUCCAUGUACCCUUGCGCCUAGAAUGGUGGAUUAAAAUAAAAAUACAUGCAUA